GACACCAAUCCAGCCAAUCACGUCGCCCCGUAGCUUCUUAUAAUUUUCAGUAAGUAUAAAAGAAUUCGUAUUUUCAAAAAGCGCAUAGUUUUGCGCGUGACGUUUUACUGCCAGGUUGCUUUGAGGCAACUUGUAGAGUAGCGUGAAUUUGUAGUUAGUCACUAGUGUUAGUUGGUAACUGACAGAGUUGACAAAUAGACAAAGUUAAUAACGACCUAGCGGUAUUAAGUAAGAGACUCGGUCUCACGAAAGCUUGAAAUCAACUUCCACUGAAACAGAUUUUCAGUUCUAUUCAACGGAUUGAAUUAUUAAUUAGGCAAAAUGUUGAUUUUGUUGUUGUUAUGGCUUGUUGGCUGUUUUGUGUUUGGGAAGUGGUCACAGAAGAGAUCGCGGAUUUUGAGAAUGACUAAGAAUAUAAAGACCCUAUCUGGUGAAUUGCCAGUUAUAGGCCAUGCCCACAAGGGGUUAGGAGACCCUAUCAAAUUAUGGAAGUUUGUCAAAGAAUUGAACGCAGAGACGAACGAGGCCGGUGGUCUGACUAAAGGAUGGCUGGGGCCUUUGUUUUACAUUAGCGUGUCAGAUCCAGAGAUGGCGCUAACACUAUCCAACGCGUGUUUAGCGAAGAAUUACAUGUAUAAAUUCGCAUCUUCGUGGCUCGGACAAGGACUCAUUACAGCUGAAGUCCCAACCUGGCGUCAACACCGUCGCCUGCUCUGCUCGGCGUUCAACCCCUCAGUCCUCGACGGCUUCGUGGAAGUCUUCAACCGGCAGUCGGAGCGUCUCACAGACGCUCUGGUGAGGGAGGCCGGUGGAGCGGAGUUCGAUCACUGGCCGCACUUCUCUGAGAACGCGCUGCAGACUAUUUGCCAAACAAUAACUAAACCUGUAAUGUUUCGAUUCUUGUAA